CAACCCUAUCCCAGCAGCAAAAGUGCCAAAAAUCAGCCACUGGCAUAUCUGCCAGGAAGAUGUUGCCUUUCUCCGCUCAAUUGCUAAAACCCUGACAAAUCCUGCUUUCCCCAGGUAGAUGACUCUCCUGUCUCCUCCAAUUGCACGGAGCUUCCAGCUUGAUUGUUUCUGUUCCACCCAUGUCUGCAAUCCAAACACCACCGCGCAAUCACCUCCCUCGCUCUCUCACUUCUCUCCGAAAACCAUCAAGGAAACUAAUCUUUUCUUCCACCCUGGCCAACAAGACUGUGCCUUGGCAACCCAGAAAGCUGCUCUGCAAACCCCCUCAGGCUCAGGGCAAGUAUGCCAGAGAAGACUAUCUUGUGGUAUGUUCAUGCCAAUUUUCCCUUGGGAAUGCAGGGGAGAAUUCAAAAAUGGAAACUUUUGCUAUGAUGCUUCAGAUUUUUUUCUUAUUGGGAAAUUAGAGAGCAGAUAUAAUGUUCAUUUGAGAGUUGGUUGAAUUAUUGCAACUUGAAUUGGAACUGAUGCGUAUUGAUCCUUCUGAAAUUUGAAUGGACAGAAGUAGUCAGCUGAGGAGGUGCAGAAGUUAGUGAAGGGGCGAGAGAACUGUACUCCUUAUUAUUGAUUUCAAUGCAAUAUGGUGUGGACCCUGCAUUUUUUGAUGG